GCACGCUCAAUUCUCACAACCUGUCUUUCCAAUCACCGGUAGUAAGUUAACGUUAAGAUGGUGGCCGUCAAAAUGCAGUUUAGCGUGUUUUCUGUUUUGUUGUUGAACGUUCUGUACAAUUUGACAUCCGCGUUAUAUUUUCACAUAGGGGAGACAGAGAAGAAAUGCUUUAUAGAGGAAAUUCCAGACGAAACUAUGAUCAUAGGGAACUAUCGCACGCAGUUGUAUGACAAACAGAAGGAGGAGUACUUGCCUGCCACACAAGGACUUGGGAUGUUUGUAGAAGUGAAAGAUCCCGAUGAGAAGGUGAUUCUGUCUCGUCAGUAUGGUUCAGAAGGCCGAUUCACAUUCACCUCUCACACCCCUGGAGAACACCAGAUUUGCCUGCACUCCAACUCCUCCAAGUUUGCGCUCUUUGCUGGAGGGAUGCUGAGGGUUCACCUGGAUAUCCAGGUUGGUGAGCACACAAAUAAUUACGCUGAGAUCGCGGCCAAAGACAAGCUGACCGAGCUGCAGCUCCGGGUGCGACAGCUUGUUGAACAGGUCGACCAGAUUCAGAAGGAGCAGAACUACCAGAGGUACCGUGAAGAACGUUUUAGGCAGACCAGCGAGAGCACCAACCAGAGAGUCCUGUGGUGGUCCAUCGUACAGACACUCAUCCUGGUGGCCAUUGGCUUCUGGCAGAUGAGGCACCUCAAGAGCUUCUUUGAGGCCAAGAAAUUAGUUUAGACUGCACUCUUGUUUGUUAUUUAUGCAUUUUCAGUUCAUGCAGUACAAGUAAACAAUACUCAGCACGUGUCACAAUCCCAAAGAUCUGGAGUGGUAAAAUUACCUUAAACUUAUUUUAACAUUGCGUUAGCCCCUUUCUCCCCGAGGAAGAACAAGUUGGGUUUCAGAGUUUAUUUUUACCUGUUUGUACAGUUUAAUGUCCUCAAUUAAGUCUAUGCUGCAUCCAUUUAAAUUUUAGAGAUCGUUUUACACCUCUCUUUACCUUAAGAGGACACUGGUACCACAUUUUACUGUCAGAAUGGCAUGGUUUUAUCUGCGGUGAAUAUGGCCCCAAUGUUCAGUCCGUGCUUUUUGUUGGGAUUGUCUAAUCGGGUAUAGUGCCCUUCCGUGGUUUAAUUCAUGUAAAGGUUGUGAUUGCACUUCUCAAGGAUAUCUUUGUUUUUCUUUAUGAAUCAAAUAAACCACUGGAAACAAUGUGCUCAAAUUCAAUAUGGAAAGGAUUGAAUCGCUAUCAUUAGGUCAAAGUAAGUUAUCAAAUCCUUAUAUAAAUAUACAGUAUGUUUUGAAACCCCACUGAUAAAUCGUUGCUGCCACCAUUUUUAAAAUUAGUGUUUUGUAGCACAAUGCAGCAAAAGUCACAUUCAACUCAUUUAAAAUAUGAAGAGCGUUACAUCUGCUCUAAAAUUUAAACUUGAUGUUUUGUCUCAAAUUUGAUAAAAUUCUGCAUUCCUUUUCCAAAAUUGCUUUAAGUUCACGUAGGUCCUCCAUAUUUUUGCAUGCGUUGUACUGUGAUUUGAAGCGCUGCCCUCAUGCUGACCUAUGGUUUGAUCAGUACUUGAAUCAUGGUUGCAAACUCUUGUCCAGUACAAAAGCCUGUGAAGUGUCUGACGCUGCUUGAUAUCCCACAUUUACUGAAAAAUGAUAAAUGAGGAAGGCAUCUUAUUUUUGGGCUAAAUUAAGCAGCUUUGAAAGCACUAUUAAUAAAUCCCGAUUAUCAGCAAUGUUUGAAUUUGGGCUUCUACCAGUCAGAUUUUAAGUUGUGCCAUUUCUUAUAGUUGCUGUGUUUUAGGUUUGCUUCUUAUUCCAGAAAUAACAAAUACAGUCUUUUACAGACCUCCAGAAGAUGCGGUUGCUGUCAGUUUCUGAGCCUGCUAAUUAUUUGAUUGGAUUCUGUGCUAGCAUCGGCAGGUUCUAUUAUAGAAGAUGGGUGUGUUGGGGUAUGGGUAAACGCAUUACAAAUGUAGAUUUAAAUUAAACAUUGGCAUAUUAUUUUUCCUGGUCAAAUACAUUGUUUGUUCUGAUGCAUUUGACUCCAGAUACAUUUCCAAGAAGUACUGCUUCAAGGAAUUAAUGUUCAAUAUGGUGACAGGAUUACCCAUUCUAUUCCAUGGCAAAUAGAUUGGGUUGUGGGUGGACUUUGUAAUGGAUAAUAUGAAGACUUUCCUGCCAGUCUCAGUAGUUUCACGGCUUUCAUUAAUGCUCUCAGGUCAGAAUAUCCAUAUGCCCAUGGUAUUUUUCCUAAAAUUCAGACCGUUGCGUCCGCUUGAUGAUGGAGAAUAUGGGAAACUGGUUUAGCCUUGCCUUCAGAACCCUUUUUGACACUGUAAAAUGUUUUUAAACCAUUGAGUUUGAAUGUAUGUACGAUAAUGGCAGUGGAUUUUGUGCAUACUGUAUUUUUGAGGGUUUCAUAAAUUUGCAAACUUCAUAUGUGUUCACAGUAACUUUUCUGUAUUUUCUUGUAGUUUGUUCUGAUUGAUUUCUGAGAAACCCCAUCCAUGUGUCUGUACAUUUUGCUUCUCCCCCGCCACAAACCACUAAUGUUUUCUGGGUAAUUUUCAUUACAAAUGCUCUGCUGUAGACUGAUUAAUAUUAAUAUGGUGCCAUUUCCUUUUUGGAAUUUGUAUUACAAAGGGUUCUGGCUGAUGACUCUUUUAUAUUUUGAGACUUUUUUAAGGACAGUGGGUUUAAAUUGGUGAAGGUUUUGAGUUUCCAAAAAUCCUGGGCAGUUGAGUGUUUACAUUUGGAUUCAGAAAAUUAAACAUUCUAUUGAAGUGAACCUUUGUAAGUAGACCUGAAAAUAAAUUGUUCCCCCCCUAA